ACCGAGUAGUGUUUCCGAGCGCAGCCUAAUAUAGACUAUAGAUGUCUGUCUCUGUACCUGUGUACGAACCAUCCACAUCUGAUAUGAUUGCAUAUAGCUGUGCGAGAAAUUAAUCUGCAAGGAAAAACAAAUUUUUAUGCGAUCAUAAAUUUAGAGUGAAACAGAGUUUUGUUUGCUGGAUUUAAACAAUUAAAGGAACCAAUGACAAUUUAUCAAUAAAUGUGUGAUAAAUAUAUGCGGGAAAAAAAGGAUGGUGGAAUGUCUGCGAGAAAUAAUCGAACAGCUAAAUACAUAAUUACAACUUCUUCUAUUUAAUUGGCCUAUGCCGACCCGAAAAAAGAGAUGGUUUUCAGGGUCCUCUUAAGAAGACUCAAAAAUAGGAUUCAAAUAAAGGCGAUUAAACAUCUGAUCCCGUUCACGGACGGCAACGAACUAAUCGCAACUUCUGAAUACCGUUAAUGAUGCUUCUGUCGUUACUUAGAAGGUGACGCAUGAUUUCGAAAUUAAAUCCUGGCGUGCAUAAGUAAAUAUGGCACAAAUACAGGCGUCGACUGUGGACGGAUUGCCGAAGCAUUUCGUCAACGCGAUGCGCACGUUGUUCGAUAUAAUGGAUGAUCAAAACACCGGUUUUGUCAAGUUCGCUGACAUUGAGGGUCGAUGGCAGGACGACGGCACGCAGGGCCUGCCCAAAGAUAUCCUCGAUAGCUUGAAAAAGGUUACACCGCCGAGCGGUAUGUUGUCGUUCGAAAGAUUCUGCGCGGGCUUGAAGAUCUGUCUGCUGCAAAUACAGACAGAGUCCGAUUCUAAGAAACAUAACGGUCAGCCUAAUAGGCCCCCAUCCGCACCAAUUCUCAUCCCUGACAGCCAGAACAAAGCGGCAUGGACCUCUCCCAACACUGCUACAAUAAGACCUAACAAUGCUAUAUCUCAGCAACGUACUCUUAGCAUGCCGCAAUUACUGGCCAAUCGCAAAGAUAUGAAUGCGCAAUUAGAAAUAAUGGAUGGAAGAAAUAUUGGGGAAUCAAAGAUCAAUAAAACGUAUGGCCCACCAAAGCCACCAAGGACAGGUGCUGCAUUAGAAGGUAGAAUGAUGGGUUCAGAGCGUAACUUUGACAAGUCUGAGAUUAGGACUGCUCUGCAGAAUUGGCAAAUGGGUCUCAUGAUGAACGACGAGAAGGAAAAACGUCAGUUGCUGGCUGUAAAUUAUAGACCGGAUGCUAGGACAUUGUUGAGACCUGCCAGAGUUCUGGGUGAUGGUAAAGCGAUUGAUAUACAGACUAAUCAACUUGGUCUUCAAUCUAAGAAACCGUCGGGUCGUCGCAGAGAGCCUAGGCGGCACACGUUGCAGAAUGGUAUUGAUUAUAAUAUGAUGAAAAGAAUGAAGCAGAUGGAACAAGAAAAAGAUGUAUUACUUCAAGGUCUAACUGCUGUUGACAAAGCUAGAGAAUGGUACUUGAAACAAAUUUCUGCUACGCAAGAGAAAAUCAAACAUCUCGGACGAAUGGGCUCUCAUGUGGAACAAUGGACAGAGGCACAGCAGGAGCGUUUAGAACUACAACGUGCGCGAGUGCUAGAAGUAAAUCGGCAUUUAGCUGCCUUGAUAAGUACCUGGGAACGUGGAGGGCUUCCUUUACAUAUGAAUCUCGCUUUCUUGAGUACUCCGAGUUCAGCCCAACUUCAACAGGAUAUGUUAUCACGGCUUAAACAACAAAAUCAUAGAUUAACCGAGGAAGUUAGUAAAAAAAGCCAACGAAUAGCAUUACUUGAACAAGAAAAAGAUAGUCUUGUUAGAGAAUUGUAUAAUAGACAAUCUGGACUGAUUCAAUCUCGAAGAGCAACAAUGAUUCAUGAACAACAUGAUCAAACGUUCAUAAUAUAAGUAUUUCAGGCUUUGGAUUGGAAAAUGCACCACACAAAUAAUAGGCUCUGAAUUAAGCUUUAAAUAGAAUAAAAGUAAAAAGACUUACAAAACUAAUGCGGUCCACUUGAUGUUCCAGAUACUUUUGUUUUCUAGGUAUCAUAAGUAGUUCAAUUAUUGUCUCAACAAUGCCAAUUAAUAUAUCAGACAUCUUACAGCUGGAAUGUUCUGAAAAUAAACAAAAUGUCAUGUUUUAGAUGCUCUAGAUUUUACAAUAUGCCAUGGAAUCUAAAAAUAUAAAGAAUAUUUGAUACAUUAUG